UUACCCAUUUCUAAUAGGGACAAACACUAACGUACACACCUGUUUUGUUGGGCAUCGCAACUGUUCUCAGUUCAAAACUCCAAACCCUAACCUACAGUUUGAAAUUCGACUCUGGAUUCUCUCUUCCAAUCCCUCGAUUCAAUUUCUAGGGUUUUCCAUUUCGAUUACAUCACCAAUGGGCGAAUUGAAGAUGGAAGAGAUGUCUCUGCCUGCUCUGUUCGAUCAGGCUCGGAAGAUUCAUCGAUCAGCUUCCGAAUCUGGCAUUGAUCAGCAAUCUCUGAGAAAGGGAUGUGAAGCUUUGCAACAGUGCGAGGAAAUGACAAGCAAAUUAGGGCUGUUUUCGUUGAACGAGACGAAAGAUGAUAUUAGCACAACCAACCUCAAAUAUCUUUUGGUAAUGAUUUUUUUUAAGCAUUUUGAGACUCUGUGCUUUGUAUUUGUAGAUUAGUGAAGUUUUAUUUCA